AUGUUAGGUCGUAACAUUGCCAGGAAGAGCUGCGCAUCUCUUCGUUUAUAUCACUCAAACCCCAUCGAGCACGUCAACCCGCUCCAUAUUAAGCCUCUAACUUACGGGAAACAAUCGCCUCAAUAUAAAGUACUAUCCCUGGCCUUACAAGAAUACGUUCCCAAACAUGGUUUCACUGAGAGAUCCAUAGUCGAGUCCUUGAAUAAGCUUGGCUAUCCUUCUUCCAUGAUCUCCUCGAUAGGCGCUUCCAACUCGCCCUCGUUUGUUCAUUCGUCCACAGCUGUCAUGGAACUAAUGAAAUUCCAAUUGGUCGAUAAAAGAUACCGUUUGACUGAAGGAAUCAAUCCCGAUAUAACACCACAUUAUAAAUUGCCCUCGUUGGAACAUUUGUUAUUAAAAAGGCUAGAGAUGGAUAAACCAGUUGGCGAACAAUUGACGGAUUUGAUGUCACAAUUGGCUAUCCCGAGCGGGUUUCUCUUUGAAACUGCGAUCCCUGAAUUACAUAGGUUAUCGGAUGAUAUGAUUUACUUCUCCAACGAAAAGGACCAUCAUGAUUCCGCAUGGUAUGCAAAGAGAAUGGCUGUUUCGAGCACGUAUAUCGGUUCGCAAUUAUUUAUGGCUCAAGACAGGUCUCAUGACUUCCGGGAGACUUUUGCUUUUGCAAAGGACAAAUUACAUAGAGUUAUGCGUUUGGGCGAAUACUACAAUAACACUGAAGAGUUUGCUUGGUAUACAUUAAUGUCGACGGUCAAUUUAGUCAAAUCUCAAUUAGUUAGAGGUUAA